AAACAGAUGGUUUAGUCUUUAUUCCUUCUGAUGUUGGAAGACUUCUGGAGAUUGAAUAUUCUGACACUGAGGAAAGGCUGGAACAGCAGGAGAGCUCAGUUGAAUGCAUGGAUAGUUCAAGUACUGGUUGUUCCACUCCAGUGCAGACAGAGUCUUUGGUUAUAGAAAAUCCUGAAAGAAGAGUUUCUGCAAAAGUCACAGAAGAGAAUCACCAAAAGGAUACUGUGGUACAUGCAGGUCCAUUUUUCAGAUGCCAUGCAACAGAAACACCCGGCAAAUCAAGGCACGUACACUUUGAUGACACCCGUGAGGAUAGCAACGGUUCAGAAGAGAGUCCAGAACACCAGAAUCAUGGAGACUGUGCCAAAGAAAAGGAGGCAUCAAAAGCCCCGCAGGUGUUUGAAGAAAAGCAGGAAGCACGACAUGAAAGCUCAGUGGCCUACAUUUUGGAAGAGUCUCUGAAUUCAACUAAACCUGAGAGAAAACACUAUAAACACCCCAAAAUCAGACGCAAGUACAUCUUUAAACAGUCUACUGAGGACCUGCACAAUGGAAGACCUGUGAGCAGUGGCGUGGACAUGACCUCCUAUGAGAGCACCAAGAGCACAGAGAAGGUGGAGAUCCUCAGCAGUGGGAUUCAUGACCUUCAUCUAUCAGGAGAGAAGUCCAAGACAGCUGGUGUAGACAGCUCUCAGUGGGAGUUAACAGCAGCUCAGCAGAAAGCUGAAGAGGAUAGUUCAAGUGAAGUCACUGAACUGGUUACUUAUUCCUCAUAGCAGCUACACUAGAAAAUCUUUGAGUGAACCAGAGCAUAAAGUGUAAAAA